UUGAAACACAACGUGAACCUGUCCGACAGGUUUUUUUUCCCUGCCCCAAUGGUCUCAACCCUUUUCAAGCCAGGAAAUUGUUUUAACAGAGAGCUGGAGAGAACAGCCAAACUUUGAAUCGAGGCUGCCUCAGAAUAUCAGCCAGGAUCGCGGCAGGUGUGUUACUCUGGGCAUAAACCGAAGGGCAGCUCAUGGGGCUCCACAGAGGGAGAAUGGAUUCCCUCAUCAUUGUGGCUGGGAUUUUCCUCAUUCCUCAUCCAAUCGCCUCCCAGAAUUGUACGACAGACACUCUUCAGUUCGAAAAUUUGCCGCAACACAACUUCGACAGGCUGGAUGGAGAUGCUGGCUCAAUUGAGCCUUUGUAUAACAUGGUGAAUCUGUACUUGGACGCAGUACAGCCCAAUGACUUUCCAGCAGAUAUCAUUCAGAACACAGUAAAGGAUCAGAGCUACUUAACACAGAAUUAUCAAAAGGUUCUGCGCUAUGAAGCAGGAUACCUCGUCAGUUUCAUUCUCGGCGUGCUUUACUUCCUCUUCAUGCCCCUGGUGGGACUGUUCUUCUGUUGUUGUCGCUUGUGUGGGAAAUGUGGAGGACAGGUGAAGGAGCGGACACAAUCCACAGACUGUAAACGUCGCACCCUCGCUAUGUUCCUUCUGAUGACGACCAUUAUCAUACUGGCAGGAGUUGCCUGUGCAUUUACAGCCAAUCAAAAUGUAACCAAUGUAAUGGAACCGAGUAUCGUUGCCUUUCGGAAAAUGCUUGCAGAUGUGAACUCUUACAUCAAAAAUAUCCUUGAGGGCAUACCUAAACUUAUUGCACAGUUUUCAGUCCCAAAAAACAGGAUAUUCUCAGAACUUGACCGUGUCAGUGGGAAUCUUGGCUUUACGGUCAAGGAUACAUUGAACCCAAUAGUUUACCCUGUGCUGGCGAUGGUUUCUGCAAGAAUAAAAGACUUCAACACCGUGAAGGGACGUCUUCUGAACAUCAGCGCUGUGAACAGCUCUCUGGCAGCGACACAGCUGCAGUUGUCGAAUGAGCUGAGCAACCUGCAGGGUGACAUUCUUGCCACGCUGAAUGAUCCAAAUUGCCGAGGAUGUCGUGCUGCUGAGGGACUAGCCAAUAACCUGGAAGUGAAUUUUAAAUACAGUUUGCCCACUGAAGACCAGAAUGUGUUCAACAGCAUCUUGAGCUUCUCUCCAGCAGCACUGAACAACUCCCUGGAGCAGGCCUCCCGUUCCUUAAAUGAAACUCCUGCCCUGGUGACCAGUCAAACCUCUUCAAUUUUCACAGACAUCAAGCGAACUAUUAAUGGCAUUGAAAGAAACCUCUCCUCCAUCGUUGAGAAAGUGCAAUUUCCAAAUUCCCUCCAGAACCUGGGGCAGAUUGUUAAUUCUUCAAAGGUGGUAGACGUCUCAAAUCAGGUGAAGGAGUAUGAUUACUACAGGUGGAUUGUUAGCAUUGUUCUGUGCUGCAUCAUUCUCUUAAUCAUCGCUUGCAAUAUGUUCGGACUUAGCCUGGGAACUGCGGGGAUCGCAACCAGGGAUGACGUCUACAGGGGCAACGCAUGUUCAAAAUCUGGAGCUAACUUCCUGAUGGCGGGAGUUGGGUUCAGCUUUAUCUUCUCCUGGCUGCUCAUUCUCCUGGUGUUUGUCACUUUUUUCGUGGGAGGGAAUGUUCGGACAUUGGUCUGUAAACCUUGGGAAACUGGAAAAAUCUACCAGGUAAUCGAUGAUAUUGCAAUACAGAACAACAUUUUUAACCUCUCCAGUUUUUUCAAUUCGUCAUUCAGCUACUCCACACUCUUCAGACACUGUGAAGAGGGCAAGUCACUGUGGCUCACCCUGCCGAGGAACCAGAUCUCGGACCUGGAGAAGUAUCUAAACGUGACUACAUAUUCCGGUGAAAUUGUUCAGACUGCCAAAAAGCUGGAAGUAGACUUAAGCAGUGUUAUUUCACUGGACAGGAGUAGCCUGACGGCCUUUGCAAGCAGUGGGAUUGAUACAAUAAACUACACCAGAAUCAUUGAGUUGAUAAAUAAUCAGGCGAUAACAACUGAUCUCUUGGCUCUGGCUACCAACCUGGAAAAUUUAAGUCAAAACCAGAUCAACACUACAAUUGCAAAUAAUUUCUCUCAGCAAGCUCAGAAACUGCGAGAAAUAGAGAGCACGCUUUUGAACAAAAUGCAACAGGACCAGGCACAGCUGAAUGCAAGUUUCCAGUAUUUAGCAUCAUUUGCUCCCACAGUGCAGAGUCUCAUUAAUAACACCAUCCGGAGCAUUGACACAGCCCAGGAGGAAAUUAUUACCACCUCCCAAACAGUAAUUAAAAAUGUCAGUGAGUGCCUCACCACUAAGAGUCUUGGAUACUUCACUCAGUACCUUCAGUGGAUCCGAACCAUGAUUAUGGACAACUUUCUUUCCUGCCAGCCAGCUGUGAUCCUGGUCAACAAUAUCUGUGUCAUACUUUGUGACAACAUCACAGAUCCCUGGAAUGCCUUCUGGUUCUGCCUGGGAUGGUGCACCCUCUUCCUCAUCCCCAGCAUCAUCUUCGCAGUGAAGACUGCAAAGCACUACCGAUCAAUCAAGGAUGCAGGCAAAAGUCCUGAGUUUUCAGAGAUGAUACAAUUUAAAUUUCCUCGAGUUGAGAAUUCAUAUGGACCCCCACUACCCAGUGCACCUUCCGCUUCAACUCACUGACUCUUGGCCGGACUCUGAGCACCAACCUUGCAACAAGGAUACACUGCUCUCUCCACCAGAGGUCCAUCGGUCAUUGAGCUUUUUCUACAGUUAUGCCAAUUUCCAAACCAUUUACUGUUGCUGUCUCAAGUCACUGAAAAUGAUGCGUGCAAACACAUACAGAAUCUCCAUGUCCGGGAUGUGUUGAUACGUGGGUACAAGUGCCCCAGUGCUGGGCUUUGAUUUGUCAUAAAGUCACACAACACCUAAACAGGCCCACCAUGCCCACGUCAACCAUUGUACUUAUCUAUAUUCGUCCCAUUUAUCUGAAUUUGGCUCAUAGUCUUCUAUGCCUUGACGAUUCACAUACUUGUCUAAAUGUUUCUUAAAUGAUGUGAAAGUACCUGCCUCCACCAUCCCAGGCAGAGUGUUCCAGAUUCUGACCACUCCCUGUGUGGAAAAAACUCCCCCUGAGAUCCCCUCUAAACCUCCUACCUCUCACCUUAUACCUAUGCCCUCUUGUUUUAGACACCUCACAUGGGAAAACGAUUCCAACUAUCUGCCCUAUCAAUGCCCUCAUUUUGUACACCUCUAUCAGGUCACCCCUCAACUGCCUCCACUGCAGAGAAAACAAACCCAACUUUGAUUUAAACGGGGCGUCACUGUCACCGUGCUGGUUUCUCGCUGACAUUUGGGAAUUACUAAUGAAAGUCCUGGAUAUCCCACUGACACUUGGGAAUUGCUGUCCUGGGAUCCCACUAAAGCUCGUGAAUUGCUUUCACUAUCCCUGGUUCCCGUUAUGAAUUAGGAAUUGCUGCCAAAUUCUGGGGAUCCCAUUGAUGCUUGGAGAUUUCUGUCACAUUCCUAUCAAUUUCUGGGAACGACUGCUACAUUUGUAGGUUCCUGUUGAAUUUCAGGAAUUUCUCCCCCAUUUCCAGGAUCCCAUUGAUACUUGGACAUUACCAUCAAUGGAGACCCUAUUAAGAAUUACUUUCAACAUCCAGGAAUCCCACUGGUCCCUGGGAAUUGCUGUUGUGGUUCCUCUUGAUCCUUGGGAAUUACUGCCACAUUCCUGCUUGUAAGUUCCUAUCACAUUCCUGGGUUCCUGUGAUCGCAGUCUCAGUUUUCAAUAGGUACUUGGGAUUUACUGCCCAGCUCCCAAGUUUAGUUGAUACUGCUAUCCUAGUCAGUUUUUCUAUUUAUUUUCUUGUAAGUGUUGUUUCCAUUUAUUGUACCAAAGGGAAUCUUAAAGUAAUGUGUACCAUGUGGUAUGACUGUUGAUACUUGGUUGUAUCAGCUACAGUUAGGUGGAUGUCGACUGCCAUCAAUAAAAAAUGCUUGGCUGGAA